GCUGGGACUACAGGCCUGCGCCACCAUGCCUGACUAAUUUUUUCUAUUUUUAGUAGAGAGGGUGUCUCACUCUUGGUUGCAGUAUUGUCCUCAAGUGAUCCUCCAAGUCUCGGGCUCCUAGAGUGCUAGGAUUGAUUACAGGUGUGAACCACCGCGCCUGGCCUACUCCCACUCUUCCUACUGGCAUCUGUGCAAUACACUAUGGGCCCAGAGAACAUUUUAUCCUCUUCAUUGUAAGUCGACCGUAGUGUUCAGGCUAAGAACACCAUGACAUUAUUCCCACAGCUCCUAGUUCUCUGACGCCACCAUUACUGAGCCAAGAGCCACAGAAUCAUUGGAGGAUUGGAGCAGUAGGGCAUCGUGGAAUUUCUGAGAGAAGAAGGGACUUUUCAGAGGCAGCUGCAGUUCAGACGCGUGGCUAUUGCCCACGGUUACGUCAGAGUCUGGUCUAGGACCGGGGCCUUCAGGGUACCACACCAGCUUGUUGUUUCUCCUUUUCCCGGUCAUCCUGCUGCGGGAGCGACCUAUUCUCAGCUCAGACAGAACACUGCGCGGUUGCCCAACUUGCGCCCAGAUGGAAGAGCUCCGCGGUCUUGUCCCUACUGCCUAGUCCCCGUCUGCCCGCGGCCUCAGGGAGCCACUAGUGGAGACCUUUUUUGGGCCCCCUUCCCUUCGUGGGGUGCUAUGGAGUUCCCAGAACACAGUCAGCAGCUGCUGCAGAGCCUCCGGGAGCAGCGGUCCCAGGGUUUCCUUUGUGACUGCACCGUGAUGGUGGGUAGCACCCAGUUCUUGGCCCAUCGGGCUGUGCUGGCCUCCUGCAGCCCAUUCUUCCAGCUUUUCUACAAGGAGCGGGAAUUGGACAAGAGGGAUCUGGUGUGUAUUCACAAUGAAAUUGUCACGGCCCCAGCCUUUGGGCUGCUUCUGGACUUUAUGUAUGCUGGCCAGCUGGCCCUUAGAGGGGAUACCCCUGUGGAGGAUGUGCUGGCAGCUGCCAGCUACUUACACAUGAAUGACAUCGUCAAAGUGUGUAAGCGGCGGCUACAAGCCAGGGCCCUGGCAGAGGCGGACAGUACCAAGAAGGAGGAAGAAACCAACUCACAGCCCCCUAGUUUGGAGUUUUUGUCCAACACUUCCCGUGGCCCCCAGCCUUCAUUGGCAUCCGCUGAGACAUCAGGCCACUGGGGCAAAGGGGAAUGGAAAGGUCUGACCGCUCCCUCACCUACUGUCCGUCCUCCAGAUGAGCCACCAGUGUCCGGUGGGGCUGACACUACACAGCCUGGCACGGAGGUUGAUUCACCACAUCUACGGGCUCCUCCCCAACCAGUGGCUGAUGUCUCUCUUGCCAGCCCCAGUAGCUCCACAGAGGCCAUUCCUGCAAACUACUUUUCUUCUGGUCUCCCAACAGUUUCGUUAGAGCCCCUGACUCCUCUUGACGUGGGUCCUGAGAGUCUGAGGGUGGUGGAAGCAAGGGAUCCUGGAGGACCACUGCAAGGCUUCUAUUCCCCAGCUUCAGCUCCAGCUCCAGCCCCAGCCCCGGUCUCAGUCUCAGCCCCAAUUCCAUCCCAGGCUCCGGCCCCAGCUGAGGCUGAGCUGGUCCAGGUGAAAGUAGAAGCUAUUGUGAUCUCUGAUGAGGAGACUGAUGUGUCAGAUGAGCAGCCUCAGGGUCCUGAGGGACUGUUCCCACCUGGAAGAGCAGUGUACGGGGGACAACCCACCCAGGCGGAGGCUUUUGAGGAGUCAGGGGCAGCAGGACUGGAGGAGGUGGGGCCAAGUGACCACUUCCUGACUCCAGACCCUCAUCUACCCUACCAUCUCCUGCCAGGUCCAGGGCAGUAUCAUCGAGGACUGGUGACCUCACCCCUGCCUGCACCCCCAGCCCUGCAUGAGCCACUUUACCUGCCUUCUGAGUAUGAAGCAGCCCCAGGAAGCUUUGGGGUUUUUACUGAGGAUGUUCCCACCUGCAAGACAUGUGGGAAGACCUUCUCAUGCUCUUACACACUACGGCGACACGCCACAGUGCACACACGUGAGCGACCCUAUGAGUGCCGCUAUUGCCUGCGCAGCUACACACAGUCAGGGGACCUCUACCGCCACAUCCGCAAGGCUCACAAUGAGGACCUGGCCAAACGAAGCAAACCAGAUCCAGAGGCUGGCCACCUUCUAGGGGUGCAGCCCCUCCCUGGCUCCCCAACAGCAGACAGACAGAGCAGCAGCGGUGGAGGGCCACCCAAAGAUUUUGUACUUGGGCCCAAAAGCUAACUUCUAGGGGAGCAUGAGCUGAUGCUAGGCCUGCUCUUCCCAACCUUAGAUGGCAGCACAGAAGGUUGGAGGCAUCACAACACUCUUUCUGGGUAACAGAAUGAAGGUUUUGUCCAGGCCAAAGGUUCCCACCCUUUUAUUUGCUCAGUUAAGCAGGACUUUAUGUGACAUAGCAUAUCAAUUAGCUCUCUUCAAGGGUAUUGGAAGUUUUCCUGAGGUGUAAUUGCUUCUUGCUCCACAUUCUGGAAUAUUAAAGCUAGCAGUGAACCUA